AUGGCAGCCACUCCCCAUGGCCCGAAGAUUUCACUCAAAACAUGGCGCAGAGCCUCGGAAUAUAUGCUCGCGUGCGCUCAGAACUCUCGCCAAAAUCAUCCAGUGAAGAAACUUGCAAUCUUCCAAACUAUGAGCUCGGCAAAACCUCAUUUUCCAACAGAAGGUGCGUUGCGGUUCGGAAAGCGCCCAGCACUCAUCGUCAUUGAUGUGUGCAAUGCCUACCUCACCCCUGAGUCUCCGUUGUACGCCCCUGACCGCUUCAGCGCGGCUCUGAACGUCAUUGAACAGACCAUCGAGCUCUUCCGGUCCUUGAAUCUGCCAAUUGUCUUCACCAAGAUAUCCCUCGGUACCGCCGGCGCGGGGGGAUUAUGGUUCACAGAAAAGCUACCAAACAUCAUCCCGUGUUUCAUGGAAGGGAGUGAGCUCGGCCAAUAUCCAAGCACUUCAAAAGUUUGUCGAUAUCGUGCAGAUCGACCCCGGGUGGAGUUCGAGCUCAGCAAGCAGUUCUCGAGUUGCUUCUUCGGGACCGCGUUGUCGUCUUUAUUGGUCAGUAUGGGCGUGGAGACGACAGUCAUUGUCGGGUUCAGUACCAGCGGAUGUGUGAGAGCCACCGCGCUAGAUGCAAUUCAGAACGGAUUCCGACCGUUUGUGAUCAGGGACGCCUGUGGCGACCGGGAUGAAGUUGUGCACAGCUCGAACCUGUUCGACAUUCAAGCCAAAAUCGCAGAGGUCAUUUCUUCGGAUCAGCUCGCGGAUGAAAUGAAGCAUCUGGACAAAUUUUGUCAAGACACUGGAAGCUUUCGCAAAACAUAG